UGACUGUAUGCCUGUAAAUCUUCAGUGAACUCAGCAGGAAGUGAGAGGACGACAGCUUUGCCAGACUACAUCAGCUCAAAACUGAAACUGUUGCUUUCUUUGAACCUUGCUUUGGCCAGAUGAUGAACGCGGAACUACACCAGUGUUAGAUCACAUGACAAGCUCGGAGAACAGACAUGGCCAGUGUCCCAGAGAUCCUCUUGGACAUUUUGGAGCAGCUUGUUGAUAAGGAGCUCAGGACUUUCCAUUGGUUCCUUUACAGUAAUGUUCUUGAAGGAUUCCCUCAUAUUCCAAAGUCUAAGGUGGAUGGAGUGGACAGGCCGGGCACUGUGGACCUUUUGUUGCAGACAUAUGGCUAUGACGAUGCUACUAACAUUACAGUGGAUAUACUCAUGAGGAUGAAACUUAAACUGUGGGCUGAAACACUGAAGAAGAACUAUGAUAAAGUUCCAAGUAAUCGAGAAGGCAAAGAAAGUGACCACCAUGCAAUCCAAGAAAAACUGAAAUCCACUCUGAAGGAUAAGUACCAAAACAUUUAUGAGGGGAAUGCAGAUGAAGGAGAUACUGUCUACCUGAAAAAAAUCUACACUGAGCUCCACAUUAUCGAAGGGGCUUGGGGAGGCUUCAGCGAGGAGCAUGAGAUCAGACAGCAAAGGUCCAAUCACAUAAUGACAGAGGAAACCUCUGUUAAAGCUAGCAACAUUUUCAAAACAAAACCCGGGCAAGAGAAACGAAUCCGAACUGUGCUUACUCAGGGUAUCCCCGGAGUGGGUAAAACUGUCUGUGCACAGAAGUUUACCCUGAGCUGGGCAGAAGGAGAGGAAAAUCAGGACAUCAGUUUCCUCUUCCCGCUUCCUUUCCGCGAGUUGAAUCCUAACAUCGGAGAGAAGGACUAUAGUCUAAUGCAACUGCUCCAUCAGUUCUUCCCUGAGAUGAAACCCCUUGAGACACUGGGAGCAGGAUGCAAAGUCCUCUUCAUUUUUGACGGCCUGGAUGAGACUCUACUUCCAUUGAGCUUCAAGCACAACAAGGUCUUAAGAGAUGAAACAGAGCCAGCCUCGCUUGAUGUCAUAAUCACUAACCUGAUCACAGGGGAUCUGCUCGGCAACAGUCUCAUCUGGAUCACAUCCAGACCUGCAGCAGCUAGCCGGAUCCCUCGAAAGCACAUCCACCUAUGGACAGAGGUGAAGGGUUUUGCUAAUGAACAGAGGGAGGAAUACUUCAAGAGGGCUUUACGUGAUGAUAACCUUGCCAUCAGGAUCAUCAACCAUGUAAAGUCAUCAAGAAGCCUCUACAUCAUGUGUCAGAUACCAGUUUUCUGCUGGAUCACAGUCACUGUAAUGAAGAAAAUGUUGCGUAACAAUGUGACAGGGAACAUACCCAACACCCUGACUGAGAUGUACGCAUAUCUCCUUCUAUGCCAGACAGACAGGAUGAUAGAAGGGCACUACCCCAUGGAAAGCAGCAAUGUUGUUUUGAAGCUAGCAGAGCUGGCAUUCCGUCAGCUAGAAAAAGGCAAAUUGCUCUUCUAUGAGGCUGACUUGAAAGAGUGUGGCAUGGAUGUCAAAGAGGCAACCGUCUACUCAGGAGUUUGCACAGAGGUCUUUGUGAUGGAGGGCAGAAGGAGAAGAGAAAUUUUUAGUUUUGUGCACUUAACCAUACAGGAGUUUCUGGCAGCUGUGUAUGUACAUCACUCCUACAUGCAAAGAAAGGAAAAUGUUUUUCUUGGCUACAUGAAAAGGAUGUAUACAACAUGGCUCCCCAAAUGUGUCUUCAGUUUUCACAAGACUGCUAUUGAAAAGGCCUUGCAGAGUCCAGAUGGCCACUGGGACCUCUUUCUUCGCUUUCUCCUGGGACUUUCGCUGAAGUCGAACCAGGAGCUCUUGGGGCGAAUACUGCAUUUGGAAGAGGAAGGAGAGGAGGAUGUGAUGAGAACCAUCCAGUUUAUCAAGGACAAGAUUAAAGAGGAACCAGAGGCCAAACUCAACUUGUUCCACUGUCUAAGCGAGCUCAAAGAGGAGUCUCUGGUGCAAGAGGUCCAGAGCUUUGUGAGUUCUGGAAGGCUUGCAGCCAAAAAGCUGUCUCCGGUCCAGUGGUCUGCUCUCACAUUUGAACUGAUGACAUCAGAGUCAACAGAGCAGGAGUUCGACUUGAAAAAGUACAUAAAAUCAGAGGAAGGGUUACUGAAGCUGCUGACUGUCAUUACUUCCUCCACACGUGCUCUGCUAAAUCGCUGCAACCUCACUGAGAACUGCUGUGAAGCUUUGGCCACUGCACUGAGCUCAACCUCUUCUCACGUGACAGAGCUGGACCUGAGUGACAACAACUUGAAGGACUCUGGAGUGAAGCUUCUGUGUGCUGGUUUUGGGAGUCCACAUUGUAAACUAAAGAGUUUAAGACUACAUAACUGUAAACUGGGAGGAGAUUGCUGUGAAGUACUAGCUUUUGCUCUCAGUACAGAGCAUACACAACUUACAGAACUGGACCUGAGUGCUAAUGACUUCCAGGAAGCAGGGGUGAAGGCUCUGUGUGUGGGACUGUGCAGCCAACACUGCAAACUAGAAAGAGUGAGUUUGAAUCGGUGCAAGCUGAAAGAGAAUUGCUGUGCAGAUUUGGCCACAGUUCUGAGUUCAGGAACAUCUCAGCUGAAAUCUCUUGACCUGACAAACAACAGCUUGAAGGACUCUGGUGUAUCACUGCUUAUCGCUGGACUGAGGAAUCCACACUGUAAACUGGAAAAGCUAAGGCUCAGCUGGUGUGGCCUUACACAGAAAUGUUGCGGUCACAUUGGUUCAGCUCUCAGCUCUGACUUUGGCAACCUCAUUGACCUGGAUCUGAGUGGAAACAGCCUGCAGGGUCCAGACAUGCAGCUGCUGUGUGCUGGAUUGAGAAGUCCACACUGUAAACUGGGGACAUUAAGGUUAAAUGAGUGCAAGCUCCAGAAAUGCUGUGCUGAUUUGGCCUCAGUCCUCAGCUGUGACACGUCUCACCUGAAGGAGCUUGAUCUGAGUAGGAAUGACCUACAGGACUCAGAAGUUAAACUGCUUUCUGCUGGACUGGCGAGCACACAUUGUACAUUGGAGACGUUAAUGCUGUCGUUCUGUGGAGUCACCCAGAAAGGCUGCAUUUAUUUGGCUUCAGCGCUGAGCUCCAAUCCUUCUCACCUGAGGCAGCUGGACCUCAGCUACAACUACCUGCAGGACUCUGGAGUGAAGCUGAUCUCUCUUCGCAGAAACGAUCCGCUGUGUAAACUGGAAGAACUAUGUGUGGACAAUAAUGCCGAGUGCUUCUUGACAUCGACACUGAAAAACUAUGCAUGUGCACUGACAUUGGAUGCAAACACUGCUGCCAAGUCUCUCUUUCUACACAACAGUGGAAAGCAGGUGACAUGGGUCAGGGAGAGACAGCAGUACCCAGACCAUCCCGACAGAUUCGAGAGUGUAUCCCAGGUGUUGUGUCAACAAGGCCUCACCCAACGCCACUACUGGGAGGUGGAGUGGCGAGGGCGCUGGGUGGAUGUCGCCGUGGCCAUGAGUGGCAUCCGUCGGAGGGCAAGCUCUCAUCUCUGUGGGUUUGGAGACACAGAGCAGUCCUGGUCUCUUUACUGUUCUGAGGAUCACUACAGUGCUCAGCACGACCACCAGCCAGUGGAAAUACCAGCUCCUCCGUCUCGCUCCCACAAGGUCGGAGUGUAUCUGGACUGGCCAGGCGGCACCCUGUCCUUUUACAGUGUAUCCUCUGGGACCCUCAGCCAUCUUCACACUUUCUAUAGCACCUUUACUGAGCCACUGUACCCUGGGUUUGGGAUGGAGGAGGAUGACUGCUCUGUAACCAUAUGUACAGUGGAGGGUUUGCCACAACUCAUUUCUCGGUCAGCUAGUGCAGAAAGAUUAGAGCAUUUUUGAGUGCAGGUCGGUUUGGGAAAUUUGAAUUUUAAGUAUGAAUGGGUGGUGUUAAUGGGUGAUUUUAAGAAAAUUGUGUUCUUCGGUUCUUUGAGGGUAGGAGCAAUGCUGGUGAAUGAUAUGUGAUGUAUAGAAAAAAAAGAAAAUUCAGAAUUGUCACCUGGGCUAUCAAGAUUUUCAAUUUUAAACCUACGUGAUAGAUUUUGAUAGAUUAUGUUAUUAAAAAGGUUUCUGUGAAA